UCCAAUAAGACAUUCACAUCAGAAUCAGACAAUUCAAAGGUUUUAGUAAAGAAAUGAACCUGAAUUUUGUUGUUUCUCCAGGUGAAACCCCAACGUUGAGGCUGGCGAGCCCUCUGGCCUGGUUAUCAAUAAGAAUAUAAAACAUUGUAGCAAACACAGCAAUAACUGUCAUGUAAAUGAAGGAUUUUAUUCUUUAUUUUAGUGCUCCUGUCACUAAACAUCUCACACAUAAUUUAGAGGUGGUCUAUUAUGAUUCCUUGAACAAGUUAGGAUAUUUCUUGUCAUUCACAAAUAAUAACAUUUUAACUGUUUUAUGGUGUAGAAUUAAAAUGUUAAAUCUGCUGUUGGCCACGCCUCCCCAACUCAACUUUUAAACUGACAUGUGAAAAUACCUGCAAACAGAUCUGCACAUCUUGAAAAUUAGAAGUGGAGCCUCCUGCACAACCAACAAAAGAGCAGCAAGUGGUUUUAGGAGGGUAAGGGAACAACAAAACUCUGGUCUUUUCCAGAAGCCAUUGUACACUGCAUACAACAGUAAAACCAGCUGACCAAACGGGCUGGAGAUCAGCUACGGUUGCUUGGUAACUGGGCAGAACUCUGCUGCAGUUGCUAGGUAAUGGGGCAAUGCCCAUUAAUUGUGACUUAACAAUAGAGGUUUUUGAAACGGCUCAUUUUCCAGACACCAAAAAAUGCUAACUUGUAGUCAUAAAAUGGCUCAGUUGGUUCUUAAGCAGUUGGAUUGUUUUCAGGAGCAACAAAUGGAAGAAUAAAAGUGUACAAAAUGUAAAAUAAUAGGUUCUUUUUUAGGUAUUGCUCAUAUUUACCUGUACAGAGAGGUCAUCUGGUUCACAUUGAUCUGGACUCUUUCAGGCUCUUUUAUGAUAAUUUUUCACUUUAAAACAAAAACCGCAGCUAAACAAACAUUUACAGUGUUUCUCAUGUUUUUCUAAAACUUCAGAUUGACAGGAAAUCCUCUAGAGGGCGCCACAUGUGAGCCUCAAGUCGGUAAAAAAACAGGAAAUGGUUAAAAGAAAAACUAAUCGAGGAAACGCUCAGGGUCACCUUCAUCAUCGACUGACGACAGACUGACACUGAAAAAGGAGAACAGAGAGAAAACUGAGGAACCAGACGCUGGAACACAGACUGCUGCUGGAGGAAAAACAAGGAAAUCAAAGUGAAAAUUCACUCAGAGACAAAAUGGCUUCCAGAUUAGAGGAGGAUCUCUGCUGUCCGGUCUGUCAGGACGUCUUUAAGGAUCCGGUUGUUCUGUCAUGUAGCCACAGCUUCUGUAAGGAGUGUCUGAAGAAAUGGUGGAGAGAGAAACCAGUAAGAGAGUGUCCAGUUUGUAAGACGAUAUCAUUCAUCAAAGAUCCUCCCUGUAAUCUGGCUCUGAAGAAUCUGUGUGAGUCUUUCUCCCAGCAGAGAGAGCAGAGAGCUUCAGAGGAUCUCUGCAGUCUGCACUCUGAGAAACUCAAACUCUUCUGUCUGGACCAUCAGCAGCCAGUGUGUGUCGUCUGCAGAGAUUCAGAAAAACACACCAACCACAGAUUCAGACCCAUCGAUGAAGCUGCUCAGCAACACAAGAAGAACCUUCAGGAAACUCUGGAGCCUCUAAAGAAGAAGCUGGAGCUCAGGAAGAAAGUUCAGGAGGAGUUUGAUCAGACAGCAGAACACCUGAAGGUCCAGGCCCGACACACAGAGAGGCAGAUUAUGGAGCAGUUUAAGCAGCUUCAUCAGUUUCUAGCAGAGGAAGAGGAGGCCAGGCUGGCUGCACUGAGGGAGGAAGAGGAGCAGAAGAGAGGGAUGAUGAAGGAGAAGAUGGAGGCUCUGAGCAGAGAGAUAGCAGCUCUUUCAGACACAGUCAGAGCCACAGAGGAGGAGCUGAGAGCUGAAGACGUCUCAUUCCUGCACAACUACAAGGCUGCAGUGGAAAGAGUCCAGCGCUGCCCCCUGCUGGAGGAUCCACAGCUGCCCUCAGGAGCUCUGAUAGACCAGGCCAAACAUCUGGGCAACCUGGCCUUCAACAUCUGGAGCAACAUGGAGAACAUGGUGACCUACACUCCUCUGGUUCUGGACCCAAACACGGCUGGUACAGGACUCCAUCUGUCGGAAGAUCUGACCAGUUUGACUGCAGGAGAGAAACAGAAGCUUCCUGAUAAUCCAGAGAGAUUUGAUUAUUACUGGUCUUCUUUUAGUUCUGAUGGUUUUAACUCAGGGAACCACAGCUGGGAUGUUGAUGUUAGAGACAGUGAAUACUGGAUUCUUGGUGUGUUAGAAGAAUCUGUUCAGAGGAAGAGAGGAAUACUGUCUGGAUUGUUGUAUAUACAGUUGUCUUACGGUAAAUACUCAGCACGUUCUCUACCAGGUCCUUCCACUCGUCUCUCAGUCCAGAAGAAUCUCCAGAGGAUCAGAGUGAAUCUGGACUGGGACAGAGGAAAGCUGUCCUUCUCUGAUCUGGAUACUAACACACACAUACACACCUUCACACACACCUUCACUCACAAGAUUUUUCCAUACUUCAGCACCUGGGAUAAACUAAAGAUUCUACCGAUGAAGAUCUCAGUGAUCAAACAGCAGCUCUGAUGAUCUCAGCAUGAAGAACAAAAAGUCCAAAUGAAACAUUAUUGAUCAGAUGAUUGAUUGGUUUUAUGAUUGUAUACUUUGCCGUUUUGGUAAAUUUCUUAAUUUAAUUUUUACAAUCUGUAUUUUUAAUCAGGAAGCUUGAGAUGAUCUGAUCAUCUGGGGAUUUUUUCAUUUCUUUCUGUGCUUUCCACUGUAAUGGUUUGAACAUUGUUGAUUUUUUUUACAACAUUAUGUAAAGAAAUUAUUUGGAGAUGAUUGAAAGCAGGAGCAGCUUUAGCCAGCAACUCAUUUUACCAAAGUGAACCACAAAGAGACUCAGGAAGUCAUUUCUGCCUGCAAACAUCAGACUUUACAAUGUCCAAGUCUGAGUCACUUCAAUCUCAUUUUCUCUGGACUCAUUUAUAGAUUAUUUAUUGAUUAAUAUAUUUACAUGUGCAUGCUUGUUUUAAAUUUUUUAAUAUUUAGUCAUAUUGAACUCUCUCAUCGCUCUUAGGAAUAUUUAUAUAUUUUAUAAACUUUGUGUCAUUUGGUUAUAUUUGUAUUAUUGAUAUUUAAAACCUAAGAUGGGGAAGCUUGUCAACGAAUAAACAAUUUCCCCUUGAAGAUCAAUAAAGUAUAAUCUAAUCUAAAA